GGCGGAAGGCAGCGUAGAGGUUAGGAGAGUUGUAACCGAAAGGUCGCUGGUUAAAACCCAGAGCAGACUAAUAAUUAUUAUUGUCGUAUUUCCCAUAAUCUAAUUUAGCGUCCGUAAAAGAUAUUUCCCUGCUGUUAACGACGGUGUAACAACGCAGCAGAGUUUUGGCUUUUUCUCGAAAGGAUUACAAUUUGGCCCGCCCACUCAAAUAUUCAGUGCAAUGUUGCUACAGUAGCAGCCUAUGCCCCUGAUACCUGAUGCUGCAGUGUUACGGAUCACUGUGUCUAUUAUCUUGAUAGAAAAACAAGUCAGUGGCUGAUAUCAGUUGACUCGAUAAGCGUAAUAUUUUGGUUAUAGUAGGCUGUAUCUUGAAACGUGCACACUGCCAUUCAAAGUGCGAAGAGCAUGGUCGGGAUCACGGGCGCUUUGCAAUACAGUGGUGAGAAGAAGACCCCUGCCAUGCCCGGCUCUCCUGUGGAUGUCAAGACUCAUUCCAGACCAGUCCCCAGACCAGUCCCCAGACCAGUGCCCAGCAGCAGCAGUGCCACCAUGCCGCCCCUGCCCUCCGUGAACCCCAGCGGACCCCGGCCAGCCUCCUUCUCCUCCACCACUCUGACCAAUGGAAUCCACCACUCCCCGCCCACCCUAAAUGCUGUGCCCUCGCCGCCCCAGCGCUACAGCAAUGGGCCUAGCUCCUCAUCUUCCUCCUCGCUGGCCAAUCAGCAGCUCCCGGCCACAUGCGGCGCCCGACAGCUCAGCAAGCUCAAACGCUUCCUGACGACGCUGCAGCAGUUCGGCAAUGACAUCUCGCCCGAGAUCGGAGAGAGUGUCCGCAACCUGGUGCUGGCCCUCGUGAAUUCAACAGUCACCAUCGAGGAGUUCCACUCAAGGCUCCAGGAGGCCACCAACUUUCCCCUGAGGCCCUUCGUCAUUCCCUUCCUCAAGGCCAACCUGCCCCUGCUGCAGAGAGAGUUGCUCCACUGUGCGCGUGCGGCCAAGCAGACCCCAGCCCAGUACCUAUCCCAACACGAGCACCUCCUACUCAGCACUACUCUGGCCUCGCCCCCCGACUCCUCGGAACUGCUACUGGAGCCCAGCGAGAGAGAGAGAAACCCGACAGUUAAGAGACACAGUCCUAACAGGGGAAAAGAGAACGGCUUCCACGAGCGCCCCCCCGCCCUGGAGCCCCCAGCUAAGCGCAUCUGCACCAUCAGCCCGGCGCCCCGCCAUAGCCCGGCCAACCCCCUGCCCCUCAGCGCUCAGCUGCACCCCACGCCGCCCCCUCUGCAGCACUACGCCCUUGAGGACAUCAGCGCCCCCCAUCUGCUGCACCGGGAGAGCAGCCACCGGAUACUGGAGCUCCGCGAGCUCAAGGACAGGCCUAGACUACCUGGCACUAACGGGGGCUACCGCGAGGAGCCCGUGGACCACAGGCUGACAGACAGAGAGUGGGCAGAUGAGUGGAGGCAUCUGGAUCAUGUGUUGAACUGCAUUGUGGAGAUGGUGGAGAAGACACGUCGGUCGGUGGCUGUGCUGCGGCGCUGUCAGGAGUCGGACCGCGAGGAGCUCAACUACUGGCGGCGGCGCUCCAGCGAGCAGGAAGACCCCCGCAAGGGAGGGGCCGCCACCGUGCCCACCCCCUUCUCCAAGACCCACAGCCCCCACACAGCAGCCAUUCCCGCCCCCUUCUCCAAGACCCACAGCCCCCACACAGCAGCCGUUCCCGCCCCCUUCUCCAAGACCCACAGCCCCCACACAACCGAGGGACUCAGCAGUGAAUCCCAGAGAGACUUUGCGCCGCGACCAGGCUCAGGCUACGUGCCUGAUGAGAUCUGGAGAAAAGCUGAGGAGGCGGUGAACGAGGUGAAGCGUCAGGCCAUGGACGAGGUCCAGAAAGCAGUGGCCGAGGCAGAGCACAAGGCCUUUGAGAUGAUCACGUCCGAGCGGGCCAAGAUGGAGAAGACACUGUCCGAGGCCAAGAGGAAGGCCACGGAGGACGCCAUCCAGGUCAUCAAUGAGCAGGAGGACUCAAGCGAGUGUUGCUGGAACUGUGGUCGCAAGGCCAGCGAGACGUGCAGUGGCUGCAAUGCGGCGCGCUACUGCGGCUCCUUCUGCCAGCACAAGGACUGGGAGCGCCACCACCUCAUCUGCAGCCCCGGCCUGCAGACCCAGCCCAAGCCCGUGUCCGCCAUCACAGCUGCCAGGGCCGCUGUUACCGCAGGAGCCAAGGCCCCCGAGAGCGUCCCAACCACUGCCAGCCCCGGGGGGGAGAAGGGGUCGGUCGCCUCUCCUUCCUCCACCCCAUCCACUCCCACAUUAAUGCUAGAGACCAACGGGCAGUAAAAGCCAGGACUAGGACCAGUGAUACUGGUCCUCAAGAUGGCCUCCCUUCCCAUUUUCCUUCCAUUCUGUUGUUCCUGACUGUUAAAAUGGACACCAGGACCUUAUGCCCCAACAUGGCUUCCUUUCUUUGUUUCCCUUUCCUCUUGAACUGCUGACGGUGAAAGGUGCUGGUUUCCAUUGUUCCAUCAUUUGGCUGUCACCCGUCGGGUAUCUUUAGGUUAGCGUUUGUCUCUUCAGGUUCUAAAGGUAUCUUUAGGUUAGCGUUUAUCUCUUCAGGUUCUAAAGGUAUCUAGGUUAGCAGUUGGCUAUAUAGGUUCUAAAGGUAUCUUUAGGUUAGCGUUUGUCUCUUCAGGUUCUAAAGGUAUCUAGGUUAGCAGUUGGCUAUUUAGGUUCUAAAGGUAUCUUGAGGUUAGCGUUUGUCUCUUCAGGUUCUAAAGGUAUCUAGGUUAGCAGUUGGCUAUUUAGGUUCUAAAGGUAUCUUUAGGUUAGCGUUUGUCUCUUCAGGUUCUAAAGGUAUCUAGGUUAGCAGUUGGCUAUUUAGGUUCUAAAGGUAUCUUUAGGUUAGCGUUUGUCUCUUCAGGUUCUAAAGGGAUCUAGGUUAGCAGUUGGCUAUUUAGGUUCUAAAGGUAUCUUUAGGUUAGCGUUUGUCUCUUCAGGUUCUAAAGGUAUCUAGGUUAGCAGUUGGCUAUUUAGGUUCUAAAGGUAUCUUUAAGUUAGCGGUUGCGAGGGAGAGGAGACAAGGGAAGAAAGCUGUUUUUAAGACAUGACCCUCAGCUCUGGACACCAACCUUAAUUUAGCCAAGGAAGUGACAUCAUGGACAGGAAGUUAUGUCACAGACAUUGAGUGAGCGGAGGAGGAAAUGAGGUCACUGAUGUCACCAGUCAUGUUACACAGAAAGAGGACAGAUUGCUUUGGUGAUGGUGGGCAGAAGACAGACUCAUCUGCUUUGGGACUUGGAGGAUCCAUCUUCAACAGUUGGACAAACAGACAAUCUACCUGACAGAUGGACACUUGUUUCGCUUCAUCCAAAAUCUCAAUCCCCAGUAGAGUUGAGACAACUGAGGACGGACUUCAAUCCCCAGAUUUUUUUUAAGGGGACAGUGGGGGGGGGGGGUAUGAGUUUUGGAAUGGUCUUUUAUACCCACGAGGGUGAGUGAUGAUCGAAGUACUCACUGCAUAUUUCCUAGUUUACCAUUGUGUAUAUAAAGCUAAGAGAAAAGAGGGUUAUGGGUCGUUGUUGACAGUGUAAUAAACAGUACCAGAUCUACAGAAAAGAGGGUUAUGGGUCGUUGUUGACAGUGUAAUAAACAGUACCAGAUCUACAGAAAAGAGGGUUAUGGGUCGGUGUUGACAGUGUAAUAAACAGUACCAGAUCUACAGAAAAGAGGGUUAUGGGUCUCUUGUUGACAGUGUAAUAAACAGUACCAGAUAUACAGAAAAGAGGGUUAUGGGUCUCUUGUUGACAGUGUAAUAAACAGUACCAGAUCUACAGAAAAGAGGGUUAUGGGUCGUUGUUGACAGUGUAAUAAACAGUACCAGAUCUACAGAAAAGAGGGUUAUGGGUCGUUGUUGACAGUGUAAUAAACAGUACCAGAUCUACAGAAAAGAGGGUUAUGGGUCGUUGUUGACAGUGUAAUAAACAGUACCAGAUCUACAGAAAAGAGGGUUAUGGGUCGGUGUUGACAGUGUAAUAAACAGUACCAGAUCUACAGAAAAGAGGGUUAUGGGUCGGUGUUGACAGUGUAAUAAACAGUACCAGAUCUACAGAAAAGAGGGUUAUGGGUCGGUGUUGACAGUGUAAUAAACAGUACCAGCUCUAGAGCAUCUCACGUCUGGAAAUACAUUUUGGAGGUGACAUGAUCGCGAAGUCACCGCUACAAUCCUGUUUGUAUGUACAGUAUAGCUGUCCUACUUUUCUUGCUAUUCGUCGAAAGUUAUUCGUCAGGUUCCUCUUUUGAGUGUGUACAGUUGAAGUCGGAAGUUUACAUACACCUUAGCCAAAUACAUUUAAACUCAGUUUUUCACAAUUCCUGACAUUUAAUCACAGUAAAAAUUCCCUGUCUUAGGUCAGGUAGGAUCACCACUUUAUUUGAAGAAUGUGAAAUGUCAGAAUAAUAGUAGGGGAAAUUAUUUAUUUCAGCUUUUAUUUCUUUCAUCACAUUCCCAGUGGGUCAGAAGUUUACGUACACUAAAUCAGCAUUUGGUAGGAUUGCCUUUAAAUUGUUUAACUUGGGUCAAACAUUUCGGGUAGCCUUCCACAAGCUUCCCACAAUAAGUUGGGUGAAUUUUGGCCAAUUCCUCCUGACAGAGCUGGUGUAACUGAGUCAGGUUUGUAGGCCUCCUUUACUCGCACAUGCUUUUUAAGUUCUGCCCAUAGAUUUUUUAUAGGAUUGAGGUCAGGGCUUUGUGAUGGCCACUCCAAUACCUUGACUUUGUUGUCCUUAAGCCAUUUUGCCACAGCUUUGGAAAUAUGCUUGGAGUCAUUGUCCAUUUGGAAGACUCAUUUGCAACCAAGCUUUAACUUCCUGAGUGAUGUCUUGAGAUGUUGCUUCAAUAUAACCAUAAUUUUUAUUCCUCAUGUAACCAUCUAUUUUGUGAAGUGCACCAGUCUCUCCGGCAGCAAAGCACCCCCACAACAUGAUGCUGCCACCCCCGUGCUUUACGGUUGGGAUGGUGUUCUUCGGCUUGCAAUCCUCCCCCUUUUUCCUCCAAAAAUAACAAUGGUCAUAAUGGCAAAACAGUUAUAUUUUUGUUUCAUCAGACCAGAGGAAAUUUCUCCAAAAAGUACCAUCUUUGUCCCCAUGUGCAGUUGCAAACUGUAGUCUGGCUUUUUUUAUGGCAGUUUUGGAGCAGUGACUUCUUCGUUGCUGAGCGGCCUUUCAGGUUAUGUCGAUAUAGGACUCGUUUUACUGUAGAUACAGAUACUUUUGUACCUGUUUCCUCCAGCAUCUUCACAAGGUCCCUUGCUGUUGUUCUGGGAUUAAUUUGCACUUUUCGCACCAAAGUACGUUCAUCUCUAGGAGACAGGAUGUGUCUCCUUCCUGAGCGGUAUGAUGGCUGCGUGGUCCCAUAAUGUUUAUACUUGCGUACUAUUGUUUGUACAGACGAACGUGGUACCUUCAGGCGUUUGGAUAUUGCUCCCAAGGAUGAAACAGACUUGUGGAGGUCUACCAUUUUCUUUCUGAGGUCUUGGCUGAUUUCCUUUGAUUUUUCCAUGAUGUCAAGCAAAGAGGCACUGAGUUUGAAGGUAGGCCUUGAAAUACAUCCACAGGUACACCUCCAAUUGACUCAAAUUAUGUCAAUUAGCCUAUCAGAAGCUUCUAAAGCCAUGACAUCAUUUUCUGGAAUUUUCCAAGCUGUUUAAAGGCACAGUCAACUUAGUUUAUGUAAACUUCUGACCCACUGGAAUUGUGAUACAGUGAAAUAAUCUGUCUGUAAACAAUUGUUGGAUAAAUUACUUGUGUCAUGCACAAAGUAGAUGUCCUAACCAACUUGCCAAAACUAUAGUUUGGUAACAAGAAAUGUGUGGAGUGGUUGAAAAACUAGUUUUAAUAACUCCAACCUAAGUGUAUGUAAACUUACAACUUCAACUUUAUGUACGCUUGUGUCAAAACUGUCGUUCCGCCGCUCGACAUUGUAAAAUAAAGCAUUAUGGCUAAUUUCAGAGCAAUAUAAAAAUACAAAGUGUUCAGGUAUUUACAAGCUGUUAUGCAUCACCAAAGUUUUCAAUCGCUAAACAAGUGUGUCAUUGCCUGUAACUGUCCGUUGUUGUACACAGAAUAAAUAUACAGAAACACUUGU